AUGGGACCAAAACUGGUUAUGAUCCAUAAAAUGACUAUUGAUUUAUUGUUUUUUACAUAUAUUAUUUUAAUUGUAAUGAUUGCAUAUGGCGUUGCUUCGAGAACUAUGAAUAGUUAUGCUACUAUUGAUCCAUUAACAUUUGAUGGCCGAUCAGUUUUUCGAAACAUUAUUUGUCCAACAUAUUAUCUGUUGGAUGGGAAUAUAGAUAGUGAAUUACAGAAGCUUGAUGCAAAUUCAGGUAAUAACACGACUAUUGCUACUCAUAUAUUAUUAGCUUUUCACAUGUUAUUUGUUAAUAUACUGCUUAUUAAUCUUAUUAUUGUAAUGUUUAGGUUUACAUUUGAAUCUGUUCAAACACAAACGGAUCUUGUUUGGCGUUAUGAACGAUAUUCAUUAAUCCAAAUAAUUGGAGCAAAUCGAGAAGUUGAUAAAGAUUGGUCAGCAUUUGAAAGCUAUGCUACAAAUCAUUAUGCGCGAUCAUUAGUUACUAAUCAAUCAUUAUCAACAUCGGCUCUUGAAUCAUCAAAACUACGGCAAGAGAUACAAUCACAUUUGGAAACAACAAAUCAAUCGAGUAUCAGUCAUUCAGAUAUAAACACAAUCACAGAGGAAAUGACUUCUGUAAGAAAAGCUGUACUAGAUCUACGUAAUUAUUCUGAAGAAGUGCAUGCAAUGGAACGUGUUAAAAUGACUAAAGAAUCAAAGCCAAGAUUAAAAUCAACAAUAACUACAGAUGAUACUCAUGUUAUUGAUGGUCAACCAUUCUUGUGA